AGGAGUAUUCACAAGCAAUGCAGCAGUAAAGGGAAUCAGGCUAGGCAUAAUGAGGGUGCAUUGUAGCUUUUUUUCUUUCUUUCUUUCUCUUGCCGUCAAAGCGAAAUAAAGUGUAGAACAAGAGCAGCGUUCGUGAUCAGCUGGUGAUGCACAUAAGCUAAGUGUCUUUGCCACAAUGGGGAGUACUUUCUGGAAUGAGCUUAAGGCUGCAAAGAUGAGUGGACGGGAUGGAAGCCCCAAGAUAUCUCUGGCUCUGCUGAAGGGCCGCUCAGCAGCUAAGAGUGUACCAAGCAUCACUUUCAGGUUCAAUCCCUCAGGGGAUAAUAUCACUCAAGUCUCAGAUGCAGAGGAAGAGGAAGAUGAAGUGUCAAGUGAGGUGUCGUCAGCACCUUCUUUAGAUACCAGCUCAGUUGGUAGUGUGACGCGAGCAGAAUCCCUACGUGACGCCUCCCCAGUGAAGGAGCCAUUGGGAAGUUCCCUAGGAAAGCGUUCUUCUAGUUUAGACAGUAACAGCGGACCAUUAGUAGAACCAUCAACUUCAACUGCAAAACCUGUGGAGUCUGGUGGGCUUCUCUCAAGGCUAACAAAGACUUUUGAAGAUAAGAUCAAUGAGAUCCGUAGUGAGAAGAAAGAAAAAGAGAGCAAGGGGGAGAGAGACAAGGAUAAAGAAAAAUUAUCCAUUGGAGGGGAUGGUUCUACAGAGAGUGAAGGUGGCUCUGUCUCAGGUGACAGAUCCCCUACAUCCAAGGAAAGAAAACCCAUUGACAUAGUGCAGAAAACAGUUGAAGAAGAUAAAGCAUCUAAAACAGACUUCUCAGGAUCUCCUCCAAAGACUAAAACAAGUAUUGUGCAAGAUAUAACAGAGCAUACUAGUAAAAUUAAGUCAGAGCUAGGUAAUAUACGACCAAAGUUGUCAGAGUUACGACAGAGAAGGAGUUCCAAAGAAAGUGGUAAGAACAGCAAAGAGAACAGUAAAGGCAGACCUUUUGUAUUUACCUCACUUCUAGGGAGAGAUGAAGGUCUUGGUGAAGAGAUGCUGCUGGAGUGCGAUGAGGCAGAGGUCGAUAGAGCUGUGGAAGCUCAUGAAGACCCCUGUGUCUUUGAUGAGGAUCUGGCUGGAAUGGAUGGUGAGGAUGUAUCUUCAGAAAAAGACAUUGUAGAUUCCAGUAAAAGCAAGACCACCACACCACAAUCAUCUCCCAAAAAGAGAAAAAGUCCCCCUUCUCCAAAGAAAGCAACAGAGCUACCGCUGAAGGAGCAGUGUCUGCAAAUUGUGAAUUCUUUCCCCGUAUCAGUCUCUGUGUUAUCAAAAAUAGCUCUCGGACUCUUUAUAGUGUGCUUUGUGUUACCUCUACCGAGAUUCUUGGCAGGCCUGGUGUUGGGUGUUGUAUUGGCGGGAGUAGCUUUUUACUGCCUCCUGCGUCUGGUGUUACCUGUCACUCCUGAGCCGCCUCUUGUUGACGAUGGACCAGUAUUGUUGACACUACCAACUUAUGAAGACAAGCAACUGUAUAAGGGUUGGAUGAAUGAAUUGGAAGGGGAGUACAGCCCGGAUAGCUACCAUGUGUCCCUCACCCACUCUGUGUUUGUGCGUCUACAGGGAUCCAAGCUCCAGAUAGAUCAUCCUAGAGGUAAGGUGCCCAAGCAUGCUCGGCAGAAGGAGGAGAUUCGUAACACAGUAUUUACACACCACAGAGAGUAUGACAUUGCUGGGUGUGAAGUUUUUCUUUCACCAAGGAACUUACCUCGAAGAUGGUUGUGGAGUCGAAAAUACCCUAUAUGCAUUCGCCUUCAUGGGGGAUCAAAAGGCAGCACACCUUCCCCAGUUUCUAUUACCUCAACACCAACAGGGUCGGCCCAUGGAAGUCCAAUACGCUUCUCCAGUGCCAUUUUAGGACGCCAAGGCAGUUCCGAAAGUGGUGAAGGCAACUGGAGUCUUGAUAAUAACAAGUCAUCAGGGGAAGAUGACCUGAUGACCUCCUCACUGGACAUGGCAUCAUUUGAGGAAGUGACCCAGGACAUGUGUCAGGAAAAGUCGCUCUACCUCUUUGCCCGCUGUGAUCGGGAAAAGGAUGACUGGUUCCGUCGCCUUGUAGCUGCCUCUGAACUGUACGUGAAGGCCCAGUCAUCUCCAAGUCAUAAACCUCCUCCUCAGGAUAUUGGGGAUACUAUAUCACUUGAAGGAAUUCCAGAAUCUCCUUUUGAGCCUGCCAAAGAUCAGUUGCAGAUGGAUUCUGCUGCCUCAACCCCGCCUGACCUGAGCUUUGAACGUUACAUGGCGCGCCUUUUGUACCAGCCUGGGGGUAUGACAUCUGAUGGAACUCCAGGCCCUGCGAAUGUGGCAUGGAUUAAUGCUUUGGUCGGGCGACUGCUCUAUGACUUUUUGCGAAAUCCAUACUGGGCCAAUAAGGUACAAGAACGUGUGCAGCGUAAACUGAGCAAGCUCCACAUUCCAUAUUUUGUGGGGGAGAUUGUAGUUUGUGGAGUAAACAUGGGAUCAGCCACGCCUCAACUGAAUGCUGUUGGAAGUCCCCAAGUGGAUGCAAGAGGACUCUGGGUUGACCUGAAUGUUGAAUAUUCUGGGAAUUUUACCAUGAGCUUAGAGACCAAACUGGACCUUAUGAAACUUAAACGUAGUACUGGAAUAGGAACCAACAUGCCAAACACCUCAUCUCCUCCGAGCCCAGCAGAGCCAGUGCCUCAUGCAGGUCCAAGGGUGUACACACGUUCACAGUCUUCCGAACGCCUUCUUCGCAAUGUCCACUUUGACACUGACACAGAUGAUAGUGUAGAAUCUUCAAGUGAAGAAGAGUAUGAGGAGGAAGGUUUAGCAGCUGAAGCAGGACUACCUGUAGGGGGUAGUGGGCCAACCUCUAGACGACUGUUAAAACUAGUCGACUCUGUAGCUGGCUCAAGAUACUUCCAGCAGGCAGCAGAAUGGCGAUUGUUGCAAAGGGCUUUGCAAGGUGUAAGCAACACAAGAAUAGAGUUGAGUGUUGAGGUUCGCCGUUUAGCUGGCACUCUGGCAUUGAAUAUACCCCCUCCCCCAGCAGACCGGCUUUGGUAUGGAUUUCGGGGAGUUCCAGAGCUUGUGAUGGUUGCUCGACCAAGACUAGGGGACAGAAUGCUCAAUCUACCAUUCCUUGUAGAAUUCAUUCAAAAGCAACUGAGGAUUGUGUUUGAAAAAGUGUUUGUACUUCCAAACAUGGAUGAUUUAGUUAUUCCAAUCAUGUCACCUCUACUACCUGGUCAACAUCAACAACCCAGACCACCUUGGGAGUCAUCUCACAUACUUCUAAAUACUACAGAAAUCUCUGCACCGUCAAUUCCCACCUCAUCAGUUUCUACUUCAGGAAUAGUCACACCCACAGUCAAGUUUACUCCGUCUCCACACUAAGAAUUCAUCGUAGUUGGUCAAAUGUGAGCAACUUUGACAGCAUGGAUUCAAUUCUGGUGUUAUUACUAGGUAUGGCAUGUAUUCCCAGGUACAGUAUGCCCAUAGAAAAAUGAAUCUUUUUGUACAUGCUGUUUAUGAUCAUGCAAGACCAUUAUAGUAGAAUAGUCAUCCAGUUCCAAUAUUCUGCAUUUUUUAAGCACAAACUGGAAUAAGAACAUUUGCGGUGAUAUGAAUGUAUGUUUUCAGGACUAUUCACCUCUGAAAAGGUUUGAUUAAUUUAGUUCAUGAACUGAUAGAAUUAAUCUACCAGCAUAGACUGAUAUUAAUGUGAAUAGGGUUUUAGUAUCAGUUAUGUGUUAUAUAUAUUUUACCAAAGAACACAGUAGUCAUAUAAAAGGGUUAGGAAGGUAAUGGCAAUCUGUAUAAUUGAUGCUUCUGAAAAGAACCGUUCACUGAAAGUCAACUUUAGAGAAUGGGAGAAUAAUUUCUUGCUGUUUUACUUGCAAUAGGUUAUUUUUUCACAGGGUGCUGUGGCUUAGAGCAGGUCGUACACAUUUGAAAUAGAGAAUGUUUCAUUUUUAGCCCCCCACCCCAAGUUGUGAGAGUAAAUAGCACAUUUAAAUGUAGCAAGAAAAUUAGAUUUGUUUUUUCAGCAACCAUAGACUUUCAUCCAAGUUCAGAAGGAGUUAGUCAUCUAAGCUUCGUAACUUUGAGGUCUGUUGCUGUUGGAACCCAAAAUAUUACGGUGCAAAGCCCGAGGUUUUAGGGUAAACUUUCGUAGGUGGAUCACAAAGGCAGAGAAAUGUCCCCUGAUAUAUUUUAAAGAGAGGGUAAGAAAUUCCUGGUAUGUGCUCACACAGGACUCUCUUUACUCAGUAGUUGCCAUUGUCUGGAAUACAAAAAAAAAAAAAAAUGCUGAUGUUAAAUAUAAUAUAUAUAUCUGUGUGCUGUGUAACCCUUCAGGUUGAGUCAUAUUGCAUUAUAAUCUGCUUUUGGUGUUGUGAAA